CAGAAAUCAACAAGGAUUUACUUCUUCAGCUCUGCCUUAUCUUUUCACGGACACUAUGGAGCGAAUCGCUUUUACAAACGGAUUAAAUUCUGCCACAAACUCACAGGACGCGACGCAGCCAUGGAGACCCUGGACGCGUCGAGCGCGUCAUGAACGCAAAGCUGCGACUUACUCGCCUUAUAAGAAACUAGCAUUGACAACAACUGAUGAUCAACAAUGUACCAUCAUGACCCAUCCUGUAAAGUUAUUCUGGCCCAAAUCUCAGUGCUUUGAUUAUUUGUACCGGGACGCAGAGAUUCUCUUGCAGAAUUAUCCGGUUCAGGCCACAAUCUGCCUCUAUGAGGAUUCAGACAGUGAUGAUGAUGAUGACAGUGAUGAAGAAGAUGAGAAAGAACUCAACUGACCAUCAUCGUUCAACACAACUUUAUUUAUAGACUCUAAUCCUCCUUUCACUUCUAAUCUGUUUUGUGUAUAAAGCUGUAUAUAUGUAUAAAAUAUACUUAUAGUCUUUUAAAUAUAUAUAUAGUUUUCUCUGAAAUUCAAUGUAAAUUAUGUCUAGUAUUUAUAAUAAAUUAUUUUAUUGUUAAUUGUAACUUAUAUUGUAACUGUAACUUUAUUUUCUUAAAAUAAACAU